CGUAACUAAAUUGCUUACAUGUAUUUAUUUAUGUUUUUUUUUUUGUAAGUUUUGCCAAAUUUUGUAGCAGAAUUCCUCUAAAUAGCAAGAAAUUAGUAGCGCCAUGGAGCUAAAGAAAGUUUUCAGAGUAGCCGAGCUGCUAAUAUGUAUCUUCCUUAUAGUCCUUUGGUUUACGAUGAGCAUAUAUGCGACGAGAGUUAUGAUCGUGUGUGGCACGAUUUUCGGUUUCACCAUAAUAACGUCGGUGUUGGUGACGCUUUCAUUCGUGUCAUUCAAUGAUGUGCCAGUCUUUCUCUUUAUUGGCGCUAUACUAUUCCUCAUUUGCAGUGGUUUAUCUUUAGCAACGUUGCCUGUCGAAAAUGAUAAGAAAAUAGUUUAUUUUAUAGCGACUGUGUUUUUCAUUGCUAACGGUAUAAUAUUUUUAAUCGAUUUUAUUUUCGAAGUAAAAAAUAAGAAAGGGGAAACUGCUUAAUGUGAUUUAGCAUCGUGUGAAAUAUAGUAUCUGUAUGAAAUUUCAAGUUUAAUAUAUGGGCUCAAAUGUGCUUGGUUUAA